CAUACAGUAGGUGGCGGUGUGCACCUGUAACGUUGGUUGCGACCCGCCAUAAACUAAAGUGAAGAAGAAGAAUCCGGAAGUAGACGAAGAAGACGACAACUUUAGUUGUUCGUAAGUUAGUAAGUCCUUCAUGUGAGUGUAAACCGAGCCAUGGCCGGUCCAGAGCUCCUGCUGGACUCCAGUAUCCGUUUGUGGGUGGUGCUGCCCAUCGUGGUCAUCACCUUCCUGGUGGGGGUCAUCCGCCAUUACGUCACUCAGCUGCUGCACAGUGACAAGAAGGUGGACCUGGAGCAGGUCUCUGACAGUCAGGUGCUCCUGCGCAGUCGCGUCCUGAGAGAGAAUGGCAAAUACAUCCCCAGACAGUCGUUCACCAUGAGGAAACAUUACUUCAACGAUGCAGAGACGGGAUUCUUCAAGAAGGUCAAGAGGAAGGUCGUCCCCAAAAACCCCAUGACAGACAGCAGCAUGCUGACAGACAUGAUGAAAGGCAACCUGACCAACGUUCUCCCCAUGAUUGUGAUUGGAGGAUGGAUCAACUGGGCCUUCUCUGGAUUUGUCAUAACCAAGGUUCCUUUCCCCCUGACUCUGAGGUUCAAGCCCAUGUUGCAGCGUGGCAUCGACCUGCUGACGCUGGAUGCCUCCUGGGUGAGUUCUGCAUCCUGGUACUUCCUCAACGUCUUUGGUCUCAGGAGCAUGUACAGCCUCAUCCUGGGUCAAGACAACGGUGAGUCCCCCUCACCACUUAGUGUGUCCCCCUCACCACUUAGUGAGUCCCCCUCACCACUUAGUGUGUCCCCCUCACCACAACCCUCACCACUUUGUGUGUCCCCCUCACCACUUUGUGUGUCCCCCUCACCACCACCCUCACCACUUUGUGUCCACCACCACCCUCACACUUUGUGUGUCCACCACCACCCUGACACUUUGUCCCCCUCACCACCACCCUCACACUUUGUGUGUCCACCACCACCCUGACACUUUGUGUACCCCUCACCGCCUUGUGUCUCCCCCUCACCACCUUGUGUGUCCCCCUCACCGCCUUGUGUGUCCCCCUCACCACCACCCUCACACUUUGUGUCCACCACCACCCUGACACUUUGUGUUCCCCUUACCGCCUUGUGUGUCCCCCUGUGUGUG